AUGGCUGACUCUCCAAAGCCUCCCUCCAGGAAUCAUCCUCCUUCUAGUGCCUCAACAAGCCUACGAUAUCCGACCCUUCCGCCUUUGAGUGCCUCCGUUGAGGAGUGGUUAUCUCGCUCGAGACCUACAAGCAUGACGUCAGAGCCUCACGGAGAUCAUCCCCCGCCAAAGUCACUGGGUGAAAGCUGGGCGACUCUGAGCGUGUGUGAUGCCCAUUCUGAGGAUGGUGCUCGAUCCGAACAGACAGACGUGGGGUCGCUGAUUGACCAAACCGGCCCGGACGAUGUUGCUAGCCUCGAUGAGCGGUUCAGUAGUAGCGAGAUGGAUGGAAAUGAUGAUGAUGACGACGACGAUGAUGAGGAAGAAGAGGUAUAUGGCGGUGAUAUAUACGAGGAUCGGAGCAGUAUUUCUGAGUCUCAGGAAUUACCUGCUCGCUUCCCCAGAUUGAAUAAUACCAUCGAGGAUAGUGGUCUUACCGCUAAGGCUUUCCAUCAUUCUACCGACUCUAUCGAGUUUGCAGAGCCUGAUCUGUGGCCUGAGCUCGAGCGGGUUGAAUUGAAGCAUACCAUUCAUGUCUUUGGGGAUGAUGAAGCAUCCGAGUUGAAAAAGGGGCUUCCUUAUAACCUGCAGGACUCUUUUCUCACGGCUACCGUUCAGCAGACCAUGACGAAAGAAAGCCUUGGUGUCGACAAGCCGUUUCGUGUGUUGUAUAUCGGCAAUCCGGAAUUCAGGAACAUCAUACUCGACAAAAUUGGCGAUGUCUUGGUGUCUAGCUCGGGUAGUUGCUCUGAACCUAGCUCUGCAGAGUCGUCCAGGUACCAUGUGGUCCCGACGUCCUUUGGUGCAGGAGCUAUCCCAAACUAUGCUGAGCUUCUUCCAAUUCACGUCCAGCUCAUUGUCGACGAGUGCUUGGGAGCGGUGUCAGGCCCUCAGGCGGACAAGCCCAGCACUAUAAGCCUGAACUUCAAGAAUCGACCAUCGUGCACCUCCUCCUGGACCGGAUCUGAUUACUUUAUCUCGUCUUCGUCAGAGUGGACGCUGCCAGAUGUGGCUAUCGUUUUUGUAGCUAACACGGAUGACGCUACUGCCACCAAAACGCACAGGGCCGCUCGGGCCUUCAUGGAAAGGCAUGGGGUUCCUACUAUGGCCAUUUCGGAGAAGCCGCUCUGGAAGAUGACUUCUGAUCUGAUCCCUGUGAACCCCCAUAGCCUUCACAUGUGCUUGGAAUCUCGCCACUCAGAGACUGGAGAGACCCUGGUCUUGAGACGGUACCCUAUUGAUCUUAAGACCUUCGAGAGUAUUACUCCUAGUCAACUCAACAGGAACUUGGCUUCGUUGGCAAGUAUCUAUCCUAAGAAGUCCAACAAAGUCACCACCGAGUCUCCAAAGGCCUUCGAAAGGAAGCCGUUCUUCGAUACUGAGAAAUACUCCACAAACAUGUUCACCUUCUCAUCCUCUAAAAACAUACACGAACUUACCCCUGCUCUGCGUAUCAUUACUCUAGCUAUCAUUUCGGCUGUGGCUAUUUCUCUGGGUCACUCGGCUCUGAAAGCUCUUUUUGUCUUCAUUUCCCAAUUCUUUGCACGCUCUGCCAUUUCUACCCUUUCGCCCCCCUCUUCGAGCAGUGUCUCUACUAGCAGUAUCAUUCCAGUUGAAGGACUGAGACAGACGUCUCUUUCUGUGCGAUCUGCACAGGCCGGCGGAGCUCAGCUGGCAAAACACAAAUCCCAGAGUCGACUUGAAGAACUGAUGGAUGUGGCACUCGCGGCUCCUGCGCAGCAGAAGCCAGACCAGUUUGAGAUUCGGGUAGUCGGCGAUUGCCACGUUGUCAUCAAACCUCCACAUGGAUUCCCUACAGGGAGGAGACAGCCGAGAUUCAGUGUCAAUGUACACCGACAUGAUACCGUUCUUGCAUAUGAACUGUCUCGGUUAUUCGAGGGGGUAUACACUCUCAAACUGGACAGAGAAGAUGCAUACGGCCUCAUUAACAUUACGAUAACGACAGAUUCGAAGCCAUUUCUCAGUCAGGUCACACCGGUGGACUUUGGGACGCCGUGGCUGAAGAUUGCAAACUGGAAACGAGCGGCGCAUGCGAUCUCAGCUCAAUUUACCAGGGACUUGAACAUUGCUCAGACGGGCUUGUCAGAGGUGUAUGGUCGGAUCUGUACUGAUCUGCAAGUCCUGAUGGGGGAUGUUGUGAAGAAGUCGCAUUUUCUACGACAGGAAGCCGACCUGCUGCGUCGAGAUUCUGUGCAACAACUUUCACUUGGUACUAGAGAGGUCGUUUUGUCGAGGUCAAGGCAGCUCUCCGAGGCUGUCAAACGCACUGCUUUGCAACCCUUUCUGACAGCAUCUUCAGCACUACAAGAACGUACUGACAGGGUGAAUCGUGAUGCAAAGGAGCUUGUGAGUGGCACUUGGAAUCGGAUCAGUAGCGUGUCAACGCAGGGCGUUGACCUGGGAGCAAUGAUGGAUCAUGUUCGAAACGCCAGGAAAUGCAAGACGCUGGACAUCGCGCAAACGAGGGCACGAAGUCUGGUUUGGCGCAAGUCUUGCCAGGAAGUCGAAUGUUCUGUACAGAGCCAUUAG